AUGGACCCCUCACAGUUUGAUGCACUCACUAGAGAAUUAGCUCAACUUGUCACUAGUCAGCAACAUUUACAGACCCAAAUAGCAGCUGUCCAAACUGAGAUAGCUGCUACUCGUGAAGAGAGUAGACACCUAGCUGCUAGGUUGGACAAUUUUGAACAAACCCCUCGUUCGACUGACGCUGAUAACUCUGAAGCGUCCUAUAAUGUACCCUAUUAUCGUCGACAAGGUGGCCGACAACAUCCUCGACGUGAUCAAAGGAAUAGAGAUCAAGGUCGUGAUCGAGAACGAGAUCAUGGCCGUCGUGAUAAUCAUUCUCCUCCACACCAUGACGAGCGUUACUUUAGAAAUAUCAAGUUAGACGCUCCUACUUUCGAUGGUUGUUUAGAUCCUAGAGUUUUUACUCAGUGGAUCAGAGACAUGGAUCGUUUCUUGGCAUGGUAUGGAGUCCCAGAGGAUCGACGUGUCCAGUUUGCCAGUUUGAAAUUAAUUGGCACCGCCCAACUCUUUUGGGAGAGUGUUGAGGAUCUCCUCGAGAGGCGUCGUGCACCUCCAGUUGGAAGUUGGGAGGAAAUGAAGCGUCACCUUCAAGAGAAGUAUUUGCCCCAAUCUUACAAGGGCAACUUGUUGGAUCAAUGGAAUACCCUUACACAGGGAAAUCGACUAGUGACUGAGUAUGUUACUCAAUUUAAUGAAUUUCGAAUGCGAUGUCAUGUCGUUGAGGAUGAGGCCAUGACUUUGAGUAGGUUUAGACAGGGCCUAAAAGAUGAUCUUAGGCGUGAGCUUAUACUUCGAGGUAUCACUACCCUUGAUCAUGCCUAUUCUUUAGUCCAAGAUUAUGAGUUGGUCACUAAAACUCCAUAUGGAAGGCGUGUUGACAAUCAUCCUUUCGUCUCAUCAGUGCCACCUCCGCCUGUUAAGUCCCUCCUAGGGCCUCCCCCAUCUAAUGUCCCCCCUGUGUUGGAAAAUAAGGGUAAAGCUCCCGAAAUUCCAAAAACUUUUUCUCUCCUGCAAUGCUUCAAUUGUAAAGGUUUUGGUCAUAUCGCAUCUAGAUGUCCUAGUCGAGCUUUGGUCAUCGAGGAACGAAAAGAUGUAGAAGAUCUAGAUUCUGUGACUUCUGUCCCCGACACCUCGCGACUAAAUGUUGUACGUUGUACCCUCACCCACCCUAAAGUUGCUGAUGACUGGCGUCGUCACGCCAUUUUUCACACUUAUAUCAAGAUCAAUAACAAGGGUUGUAAAAUUAUUGUGGAUAGUAGUAGCUGCAUUAAUGCAGUUUCUGUGGCUACAGUGUCCCGUCUUGGAUUACAGCCAGUCCCACACCCGCAACCUUAUAACGUCUCUUGGGUUGACACUUCUUCUAUUGCCAUAAAUGAGCGUUGUUUGGUUCCUAUCCAGUUUCUUGAAUACAAAGAUCAUAUAUGGUGCGACGUCAUUCCCAUGGACGUCGGGUACGUCAUUCUUGGUCGACCCUGGUUGUUCGAUUUAGAUGUCACUAUUUAUGGCCGAUCAAAUUCAUGUUCCUUUGUGUUUAAUGGGAAGAAGAUUCACCUUAAUCCUUUACCUCCAAAACUUGUUGACUCAAAACAAGCCAAGAAAAUUGUGGAACGGAAAGGAUUACAUAUGAUUAGCCCUACAGAAUUUGAGCGUACAGUUAAAGAGGAUUCUAUUGUGUUUGCCGUGGUCAUCAUGGAAGUUCCAUCGGAAUCUCCAAUAUUGACCCCUGAUGAGGUCCAAUCAAUUCUUCAAGAGUUUCGAGAUGUCUUUCCUGAGGACCUCCCUGAUCUAUUGUCCCCUUUACGGGACAUUCAACAUGCUAUAGAUCUUGUCCCUGGAUCGUCUCUUCCAAAUUUACCUCAUUAUAGAAUGAAUCGUACUGAGCAUGCUGAGCUUCAAAGGCAAGUAGAGGAGCUCCUUCACAAAGGAUUUAUUCGUGAGAGUCUAAGUCCUUGUGCGGUUCCUGCCCUUUUGACUCCUAAGAAAGAUGGUUCUUGGAGAAUGUGUGUUGAUAAUCAUGCCAUCAAUAAAAUCACAGGAAGUACCGUUUUCCAAUCCCUAGACUUGAUGAUAUGUUGGACAUGA